UUUGAUAGCAACCAACGAGCAGCCUCGCAGCUCUGACUGAGAGCUGUGUGUUUUCAAAGAUUGUGGUCAUCAAUUGCACUUUUGUUUUCAGGGUUUUGUGCUAGAAUGGGAUCACCAAAGAAAGAUGCAACACCACACAGAUCCAACAUUCGUACCACUGGUCAAGAGCCUGACUCCCCACUUCCCCCCAUCAAUGAGCGGCUGGCGUACCUGCGUCCGUCCAGGGAGCUGCUGGAGUUCUACAGACAGAAGAUCGCCCAGUUUGACGGAGAACACGAGGAGCUGCUGCAGAUGCUGGAAAAGUACAGAAGCAUCACAGAGGACCAGCAUAAGCUACAGUGGGAGGUACGACAGCGUGAGGGAGAGAUUGCGGAGCUGCAAAACGCUCUGAGUGACAUGCAGGUCUAUCUUUUCCAAGAGAGAGAACAGUCUCUUCGGCUUUACGCAGAAAAUGAUCGACUAAAGAUCAGAGAGUUGGAGGACAGAAAGAAGAUUCAGCACCUUCUGGCUCUGGUGGGUCCUGAUGCAGGAGAGAUCACAUAUUUCCACCGGGAGCCUCCUCACAAGGUCACUAUCAGACAGAGGAACACUGAGUCGAGCUUGGAGGAAAAUCUCAAUCUUAGGCCAACAAAGUUAAGAUCUGCUGCAACCAGGAAAGAGAGCAGCAGGAGAACAAAAUCAGCAGACGGGGUAAAUGGUGAGAGCCUGGAACAAUACAAGAAUGAUAACCAGACGUUGUUACUGCAGGUGGAGGCUCUGCAGGCUCAGAUGGAGGAACAAACCCGUCUGGCUAAAGAGCAGGUAGAGUCUCUGCUGGAGGAUCGGCGGAUUAAAACAGAGGAGGCGCAAGCACAGCGGCAGAGAGAUGAGGAGCGACUCACAGCUCUGACUGACAAGCUCCAACGAACCCAGAAUCUGCUGCAUGAGAGCACCAGGGAUUUCUUGCAGCUGAAGUUUGACACUCGGGCUCAUGAGAAGAGCUGGAUGGUGGAGAAGGACCGGCUGCUGAGGGACCUGGACUCCUGCCACAACCGUCUGAGGAAGACUGGUUCUGCUGGUGCAGAGCCGGGCCGAACGUGGCAACCCAGCAGCAGCACAGCCCUGCUCCUCUCCCGGCCUCAGCCAGAGUUACAGCAGGCGCACAAGGAGGAGCUAAAGGCACUGCAGGAGGAUCUGAAGCAAGCCCACCGUCUGGCUGAGAUGUACAGGGAGCAGUGCAUUACACUGGAGACAGAACUGUCCCAAAUCAGAGAGGAAGGGGAUGUAGGCAGAGAAAUAUUUAAGGAGCGUUCGGACAAAAUGGCCAAACGUCUUCAACUGAUGACUCAGCGUUACGAGGCGCUGGAGAAGAGGAGGGUGAUGGAGGUGGAGGGCUUUAAGACGGACCUGAAACACCUCAGACAGAAAUUCAAAGAUGUCGAAAAACAACUUCUCAAGGUUACUCUGAAUAUUGGGCCCAACCAGGACUUAGCCAUUCUGCAUGAGGUGCGUCAGACCAACAGCAGGACGAAGAAGGUUCAGGGUGAGCUGAUGGCGCUGAAGGCGAAGAUCUAUGGACUGGAAAACGAGCUGAGAUUUAGCUGAGGACUGGACUGUGGUGUCAACUGUCUGUUUGUGUUACUUUAGUACUGAAACUUAGACUAAAUGUUGAUUCUGUUUUGGUAUUUUGAACUAAUAAAGAUGUUUUGCAUCAGUGAUUUUAAAUGAACGGACACACAGUUAUUCACACAAUGAAUUCUGCAAACAACCACAGGCUUAUUUCCAGCAAACAUCUGGAACUGACAUGGAAGAAAAAACGUGUGCAACUAAUAUCAUAAACGAUGGAUCUGUUUUGCUUAAGUGUCCCACUGCAUGCAGUGAAUAAAUAAAUUAAUUAAUAAUAUAAACCUUAACAGAAAAUAAAAAUGAAGGCAAAGUACGGCAAAAGAUAA